ACCCCCCAUAAGCCCAACCCAAAACAGUGUCCCAAGGCCCAAUGAAAAUGAGUCAGAUGAUGAGGUAGUCCAGGAAUUGGGAAAGAGACAGCCCAAAAAGCCAGCAUGGAUGGAGGAUUACGUGUGCGGCUGAAGGAUCUAGAAUAGUGUUAUUCCUUUUAAUUUCAUUUCUGUUAUGCUUUUGUCUUUUCCUGAAAUCGUGUUGGGUUGUUAGAGUUUGUUAACACCCACUCUCCUUUUUAUAGCUGUACUGGAGAACCAUUUGGUCAUGAGGAAUAUUAAGAAGAUUUCUCCCCUUCAUUAGUUUCUUUCUUCUUCUCUUGUGGAGCUAACACUCUCUCGAAGAGUGCCGAUUUCGAUCACCUAAGUGCAGUAGGUGUAUCAUUGGUGCUUUCAUUGAACAAUGUCUCACGACGCCAUUAUGAACGCCCUUCAAUCCAAACUCGAUGCCCAAUCCUCAUCCCUUAGUGCUCUUCUCCAAUCCUCCCUUGACGCACACUCAGAUUCCAUUCACAACACACUUCAUCAACACCUUCUGGAAGUAGAUUCUAAGGUUGCGCAUCUCCGUACUGCAUCACCUUCAUCCGUUACUAGCUCUAUCUCACGUUCGCUCAAGUUAUCGGUUCCCAGAUUUGAUGGUUCGAAUGCUUCCGAUUGGCUUUUUCAGAUUGAAGCGUUUUUCAAUUUCCACGACACACCGGAAGCUUCGCGUCUCCAAAUCGUUUCAUUUCAUUUGGAAGGUCGUGCAGCUGGUUGGUUUCAGUGGGCUACGCGCAACAACUUGUUCACCUCGUGGCAAGCGUUUCUCACAUCCGUUCGCCACCGCUUCGGUCCGACAGCGUAUGAAGAUGUUGAAGGUGAGCUUUCCAAACUAUCACAAACGGGUUCAGUUGCUGAUUUCCAAGCUCAAUUUGAGGAUCUCAUGAACAAGGUUAACGGUAUCUCAGAACCACUUUUAAUUAGUUUUUUCAUUACCGGCUUGAAACAAACUCUCCGUCGUGAGCUGCAAUUUCACCGUCCCCCAACGUUGAUGGAAGCCUUUGCUAUGGCUCGUGCGUAUGAGGCGCGUUUGGGUGACAAUCCUCCGUACUCCAAAAAUUGGACCCGUAAUUCCACUAACCCACCUAUCACAACCACCCCAAUCCAACAACCUUCCACGCAAAUCCCACAAUCCCAAACCACACCUCCACAUACAAAACCAACUUCAUUACCUCCUCUGCUUCCCACCCCUCAAUCCACCUUACCCGUCCGUCACCUUCCACCGGCAGAGAUUCGUGAUCGCCGUUCUAAAGGCCUUUGUUUCAAGUGUGACGAAAAAUGGAAUCCAUCUCAUCGUUGUCGUAGCAAAGUUCUCUUGCUACUUGGUGUUGAUGAUGAUGAACAUGAUAUUGAUAUUGAGGAAGCUUCUCAUGAGGAUGUGUCCGGGGACAUAUCAAGCCUUAACGCCCUCUCUAGUCAGCUCCAAGGCCGUUCUCUACGCGUUUCAGGUGCGUACGGUAACCACCAAUUUCACACUCUAAUCGACAGCGGCAACACACAUAAUUUUAUUAACCCGGCGUUGGUGGAACGGUUAGGCCUUCCAAUGACUCCUUGCCCGCGUUUCCGGGUGGCUACGGGUUGUGGCUCCUCUUUAUUAUGUCAAUAUUGUUGCCCUAAUGUACCUUUACUCCUGCAAGGUAUUACGUUUCCAGUUGAUCUUUUUGUGCUUGUAAUUGAAGGCCCUGACGUGGUGUUAGGCUUUCCAUGGCUUCAAUUAUUGGGGAAAGUUGCUCAUGACUACUCUGCUUUGACAAUGGAAUUUCUAUGGGAAGGUCAACCAGUCACUCUUCGCGGUGACUCCUCAGUCCACUCUCACUCGGUGUCUUUACUCCAAUUCCAGUCCCUGGUUCAUAGCGACACAGUUGCAGGUAUCUUCACCAUUACACCAUGCCCUGAAACUUCAACUAAAAUAGACCCACCACAAUUUCCCCAAUCCCUCCCUGAACCCGUGUUAACCAUACUGCAACGUUUUCGGCAUCUUUUUGUCGCUCCGACUGGUUUACCACCUCACCGUUCUAUUGACCAUCACAUUCAUUUGGUUGAGGGCACCAACCCAAUCAAUGUGAGGCCAUACCGUUAUCCGCAAUUUCAAAAAUCAGAAAUGGAGAAAUUAAUUCGGGAGAUGCUUGAUCAAGGCAUAAUUAUCCCGAGUCACAGCCCUUUCUCUUCCCCGGUUUUGUUGGUUCGCAAAAAAGAUGGAUCAUGGCGAUUUUGCGUUGAUUAUCGCGCCUUGAACGCUGCUACCGUUAAGGACAAAUUCCCCAUCCCUACCAUUGAUGAAUUGUUGGACGAGCUUAGGGGUGCUACCAUUUUCAGUAAGUUGGACCUUCGUGCGGGAUACCAUCAAAUACGGGUGCACCCGCGCGAUACAUACAAGACUGCUUUUCGCACACAUGAGGGGCAUUUUGAGUUCCUCGUCAUGCCGUUCGGUCUCACCAAUGCACCCUCAACAUUCCAAGCAACGAUGAAUCGGUUGUUUUCGCAGUUUUUGCGACGGUUUGUCAUUGUUUUCUUUGACGAUAUUUUGGUGUAUAGCAGUUCUCUUGCUGAUCACUUGCAGCAUCUGGAGCUAGUUUUGAAUUGUUUAUUCACUAACUCAUUUUAUGUCAAGCUCUCCAAAUGCUUGUUUUGUCAAGAAUCAAUAGACUAUUUAGGCCACAUUGUGUCAUCUCAGGGAGUACAUGCUGACCCUGCCAAGUUAGAGGCUAUGGUCAAGUGGCCUAUUCCUUCCUGCAUCAAACAGCUUCGUGGUUUUUUAGGCCUCACAGGGUAUUAUCGCCGCUUUAUUGCCAAUUACGCUAGCAUUGCAACACCGCUUACUGACCUUCUUCGUCACGAUGCCUUUGUUUGGUCCUCUGAGGCAGCUUCAGCAUUCACUACAUUGAAGCAAGCUAUGAUGGCAGCACCGGUUUUGAAACUUCCAGACUUUGACAAAGAGUUUAUUAUCGAGACUGAUGCUUCACAGUGUGGAAUUGGUGCAGUACUUAUGCAAGAGGGCCACCCGAUUGCUUUUUUUAGCAAAAAAUUGGGACCCAAGAUGCAGGCUGCUUCAGUAUACAUCAAAGAACUUCAUGCGAUUACGGAGUCUGUGUUGAAAUGGAGACAAUACUUAUUGGGCCAUUUUUUUGUAAUUCGGACAGAUCACAAAAGUAUUCGGGAACUCCUACAACAAGUCAUUCAGACGCCAGAUCAACAAGCAUAUGUUCGCAAGUUAUUGGGCUUUCAUUUCCGCAUUGAAUAUAAACCGGGUGUGUCAAAUAGGGUCGCCGAUGCUUUGUCCCGCGUUCCCACAGAGUGGGAUUUGGAACCUACCCCUACUCUAACCAUGUUUUGUGCAUUGGUGUCUACUCCCACAUUCUCAAUUUUACAGCAACUGCAACUUGCGAAUCAAACAGAGGUUUUUUUUCUUGGAAUUGCAUGAGAAACACAAACAGGGACUCCUUCCUCAUCCAUAUUCUGUGGUAAAUGGGGUUAUCCUUCACAAGGGAAGAUAUGUUCUGAGCCCCACCUCGGCAUUAUGUAAUCAAGUUCUGACGGAAUUUCAUGACACACCAAGUGGCGGUCACGCCGGGGUUAAACGCACCUUGGUUCGUGUUGCUGCAAAUUUCUUUUGACCUAAGAUGCGCCAAGCAGUCGAAGCAUUUGUGGCCUCUUGUCUCACUUGCCAGCAGAUCAAAUACUCCACACAAGUUCCAACGGGUCUGUUGCAACCGCUCCCGAUUCCAGAAUCAGUUUGGGAGGAUGUCACCAUGGACUUCAUCACCGGCCUCCCCGUCUCUCAAGGUUCCACCGUUAUCUUAGUUGUUGUGGAUCGAUUGUCAAAAUCCGCCCAUUUUGGUGCUCUUCCUACUGCCUUUACAGCAUCUCGAGUUGCCGAUUUGUUUAUUUCCAUUGUCGUCAAGCAUCAUGGCUUCCCCCGCUCCAUCAUCUCAGAUCGUGACCCUGUCUUUCUCAGCUCGUUUUGGAAGAACUUAUUUGAAAUGAGUGGCACCAAAUUGUCCAUGAGUAGUGCCUACCACCCACAAACUGAUGGGCAGUCUGAGGUGAUUAAUCGCACACUGGAGCAAUAUCUUCGCGCCUUCACACAACAGAAACCAAAUACUUGGGUGAGUUUCUUGCCAUGGGCGGAGUUUCAUUACAAUACCAGUCACCACGGUGGACUAAAAAUGUCCCCGUUCCAGGCACUAUAUGGGCGUAAACCUCCUUCUAUCCCUCUAUACACUCGAGGUUCAUCUACACUUCCCGCGGUUGAUGACGCUUUAAUGGAUCGUGAUGAGCUUCUCCGUCUGCUCAAGACCAAUUUAUUGGCAGCACAGCACCGUAUGAUCCAACAAGCUAAUAACCACCGCCGCGACCUCCAACUCUCUGUCGGCGAUUUGGUUCUUGUCCGCUUACAGCCAUACCGCCAAAAUUCUGUCCGCCGUCGCCGCCAACACAAAUUAUCCAAGAAAUAUUACGGCCCUUUUUCUAUCAUUGAUCGUAUUGGUCAGGUUGCAUAUCGACUCCAGUUACCGGAAGGUAGUCGCAUUCAUCCGGUAUUCCACAUUUCAAAUUUGAAGCCGUAUCGAGGACCAACUAUCACUCCGUCGCGCGAUCUGCCUGAGGAGAGUUUUACAAAUCAGCCGGUGGAGACACCUUUAGCAAUUGUUGCCACUCGCACUGUGUUAGUAAACGGGUCUCCACUGCAGCAGGUGCUGGUACAGUGGGCAGGUUGCUCACCUGAUGAAGCAUCAUGGGAAGAUUGGGAUCCGUUCCGCAAGAUUUUUCCGUCUCUGCACCUUGAGGACAAGGUGAUGUUUGAAGGAGGGAGGAAUGAUACACCCCCCAUAAGCCCAACCCAAAACAGUGUCCCAAGGCCCAAUGAAAAUGAGUCAGAUGAUGAGGUAGUCCAGGAAUUGGGAAAGAGACAGCCCAAAAAGCCAGCAUGGAUGGAGGAUUACGUGUGCGGCUGAAGGAUCUAGAAUAGUGUUAUUCCUUUUAAUUUCAUUUCUGUUAUGCUUUUGUCUUUUCCUGAAAUCGUGUUGGGUUGUUAGAGUUUGUUAACACCGACUCUCCUUUUUAUAGCUGUACUGGAGAACCAUUUGGUCAUGAGGAAUAUUAAGAAGAUUUCUCCCCUUCA